AUGGCCGCCGUUGCGAACUCCGCGCGCCGCGUGCUGACCGCUGCGGCUUCGGAAGCCAAUGUUGCUGUGCGUCGGUUCCACGCGGCACCGACUCGCAGCGCUGCAGCGGGAUCUGGAAAUGAGCCUGCCUACCUCCAUGCCCACCACAUGUACGACAUCCCCUCGAUCAAGAACCGCAAGCUGAAGUUCGGCGUUGCAGUCGUCGGCUCUGUGGCCUUCGGUAUAGCCGUUCCGCUCAUCGCCGUCUGGCACCAGCAGAUCAAGGCUCGCGGCUGA